GAGUAAAAACCAGCGACAAACAACACAGAAAUCGAAUCGAACCCAACACGAACCCAACAACAGCUGACGACGCAACUGAAAACGGAACGGGCGCGCGACUGUCGGCAAUCCGAAAGAUAGCCAAAUAUUAUUGUUCAGAUACUCAGAUACACUCAGAUACACGAGUCGAGUGAUUCGAAAUCAGUGCGGUUCUCCGAUUCGGUGUGAAAGCGCCAUAUGAAAUAAAUUCGAAACAAAAAUCCAGAGCAAUUGAAAAUUCAAUGAAAUCAAAUUUUUAACACAAAAAAAAGGGAAUUAAACUCUGAUGCGAGAAUUUCAUCAGAUGUUGUAAAGAAAAUAUUUACGAAAAAUAUAAAAUAAAUAUUAAAAAAGUGGCCCACCGAGCGCUGAAAAAUCCAACCGAUCGAUCGGUAAAGGACUUUCGAUUUCGUUGCGGUUACGACGGGUGUGUGCUAUAUAGCGGUGAUGAUAAAGCGCCGGAGUGUAUAAACUUGAUUACAAAAAAACACCAACAACAAUCCGACGGAAACAACAGUAGCAACAUCAGCAGCCGGGGAGCAUCAUCAUAGACAUACAAACAAAAAAAAAACAACAACAACAAUAAAAAGCACAAUAUAUGUACUUAUAUAUUCUCGUACGCACCCGAGAUAUAUAAACCAAAAUUAAUACAACAAAAAAUAUUUAUAAAAAAUUAAAAAAAAAAAUAAAAACAAAAAAAAAGAAAACCGAUCAAUUCAACGAUUCUCGUGUCCGCGAUUGUGAUUGUAUGUUGCAGAUACAUGCAUGUUGUAUAUACGAAUAGCCGACUGUUGCGACGACUUUUCUAUAUAAUCGGCUAGUGCACUAAUACAGACGAAAGGUGCACAGAUACAUAGCCAGAUGCGGGUAUAUACGUGUAUGCAUAUAUCUAGCCAAAGUAGAAGAUAUAUCUAUGCGUAUAAGCUGAACGCGGCAGCGGCGCACUCUGCUCUGUUUUUUUCUUUUAUAAUUACUUUUGUCUAAAAUUAGAAGACGUGUGUGUGUGUGUCGGCGAGCGGUGUGUGCGGUGUCAGAGUGUGCGUAUCCCGUCUACGGCAAUAUCGACGUGUUGGUAUCCCCAUACCCGUACCCGUACCCGUACCCGUGCCCGCAUCCGUAUCCGUACCAGUACCCGUACCCGUAUCCGUGCCCUCUCCCCCUUGCCACAGUGCAUAUCACCGUAUCCGUGUGCGCGAGUCCGUGUCUGCUAUAUCGCACAUCAUCAUCAACCUCAUCAUCAUCGUCGCCAUCGUUGACGACGUCGUCUUCGUCAGAGAUCAGAGACAAGAGGCGAAUUCCGCCACAGUGUGUGUGUGUGCCAGAAAACACUCGUCGCCAGUGAAUCAGACUACGUACGACUACGACUACGACUACGGCUACGGCUAUAUAGAUCGCGUAUACGGCCAGGCCAGACAAACAUUAUCGUAUAUCUCUUGAGGCUCGAGGAUUACAAUUACAACGCCAGCAACAUCAUCAGCAACAGCAACAGCAACACCAACAGCAACAUCUAAAAGCGUUCAGUACACACGACCAAUCGGCUGGCCGAAGCUAAAACCGAAUCCCAAAUCCGAACCAAAAUCGGCUGCCGAAUCGCAAGCGGUGCGCGCGCGUGAAAAACCUCGUGAAAAAAACGCUCCAAACGCCACGCGACCUUAGGCCCGUUCGAAAAAUUUUUUUGUAUUUUCGGGGGGGCGUGCAGCGGGGCGUGGCCGUGCGUCCAAGUGAAAAGCAGCCAGAAAAGAUAAUUCUAUUUAUUUCGGCCAAACAAAAUGAGUCACCAGCAUAAGGAGAAUCAACAAUCAUCCGAAUCAGCAGCAGCAUCAGUAGCAACAUCGCUUACAACUGGCAGCCAAGUGUUCUCAUAAAUUAAUGCUACAAAUACAGUGCGGUAGACAAAUUCGAGAUACAUUUUCCCCCCCUGCCAUCGCCAUCGCCACUACUAUCUCUCUCUUUCCCAAUCACUCGAACUUGAACAGUCCGUCUCUUAUUUCGCCUCGUCUGUCGCUCAAAAUGCUACGAAACUAUCGAAAGUAUUUGCAGGAUAAACGAAAAUACGACAAGGCACAGCGACGAGGCAGCGACGGUAACAUUUGUCACGAUUAAAAACAAAUAUCUCAAGGAUCGCAUCAUAGCAACCCCCCCAGCGUAGCAGCAGCAGCAGCAGCAACAUCUCGCAACCAAAUACUCGUCGUAGAACCGCGAGCAAUAUAAAGAUCUUUGUAAAUAAAGUCGGGGCAAUAGCAGCAACAACUUUGGAGGACGCCAUGUAUGCGCAACAUUUGCGCAAAUGGAGUCUAAAAACAAAAAAGCAACUAAUGCCAUUGAUAUUGCUAAUUAUCAGCAACAUGUUGCUCUAUCCGACGAUGAUAGUUGCAGGCGCAACAGCAACAGAGCAACACCAACAGCAGCAGCAGCAACAACAAAGGUUAUGGGAAGGCAGUGCCGAAGAAAGCAGCUACUAUAUACCACUGAGUUUGGAUAAUGGCAGUAGAGAAAGCAGCAGCAGCAUCAGCGGCAGCAGCAGCAGCAGCAGUAGUAGUAGCAGCAACAUCGACAACAAUAUCUUAAGUAGGCUGCUCAGCCACACCAGCAAUAGUCUUAGUAGCCGUAGCAAUCUUAAGUUAAUGCCAGCAACAGUAUUCGACGCACCAGAGCAACAUGUUGCUGCCGUGCCACAACAGCAACAACAGCAGCAACAGCAGCAGUCAAUGCAAAAAGUUCCAAAUACGUUAAUCAAUAGUCAACUAUAUAAAUUAUUAAAUAAUGGCAAGUCCAGCGAGGCGGCGAGCAGUAAAAUGCGACGUCACAUUGAACCCACACAUCUGCAACAUCAACUGCAAUUGCAACAGCAACAGCAGCAACUGCAACAUCUGCAACAGGCAGGAGCGAGCAACUAUAGUAGAAGAGCCGUUCCCAGCUAUUUUAUAGAGUCCUACGAAGUGCCAGACAGUCCGGCAGAGCAGGCGGUACGCAGUCGUCGCGACGGUGGCAACCAGCAGCGGCAACAUCCUCGCAUCCGGCAGCAGCAGGAUAAGCGGGAGCAUCGCCGGCAGCGGCAACAGCAGCGCCACCACCAGCCCCACAAUCACCAUCACAAGCAGAAGCAACAGCAGCAACAGCGGAGGAAGCAACACCAGCGGAAGCAUCGAGGUCGCCAAGGUUCCGGGCGGUAUUGCUCCGCCCGUGAUCCCGCCCAGCUGGCCUUUGCGGCGCCCACCGUCUUCGAGGGCGUGUUCAAGUCGAUGUCGGCGGACCGGCGGGUCAACUUCUCGGCCACUAUGAAGGUGUUGAAGGUUUACAAGCAGCAGCGUGACCUUCAGCUGCCCCAGCUCGUCCGGCUGCAGUUCGCGCUGCGGAACACCAGCGGAGAGUGCGACAUCUACCGGGAGCGAUUGCUGCCGCGGGGCCUGCUCCGGUCCGGCAAUGAUCUGCAGCAAGCCUCCGAUAUAUCCUAUAUGAUGUUCGUGCAGCAGACUAAUCCCGGCAACUUCACCAUCCUCGGCCAGCCAGUCAGGGUAACGAACUCGGUGCUGGAGGCGGUCGAGAUGGCUGUGAGUCCAAAUUAUGCACAGAACGCAUCGAUCACGUCGAUCACCUCAGUGCCGAGCAACUCGACCAUUAAACACGGCCAGGAGCUGAAGAUAAUCUGCAAGGUGACGGGUCAGCCGCCGCCGAAGGUCACCUGGUUCAAGGACGACAGGUCCAUCAAUCGAAAGCGCAACGUUUACCAAUUCAAGCAUCACAAAAGACGCUCCGAACUGAUCGUGAGCUCCUUCAAUAGUUCCUCCGAUGCGGGCAAGUACGAGUGCCGGGCGAAGAACAAAGCCUCCAAGGCGAUCAUCAAGCGCCGCAUCAUGAUCAACGCCGAACCAGUUAUUGUUCGGGCGGAACCUCCUAGCAUGGGUGUACCCUGCGAAAAUAUCGAUUACUGCUUCCAUAAUGGCACUUGUACGUUCUUACCGGAUCUGGGAGAGUAUUUUUGCAAUUGCGCGAACAACUUCUUUGGCGGACGUUGCGAGAACAGUAUGCCAGACAGUAGGUACAGCAAUAAUCCCCAACCUUGUGAAAAUUUUCAAGGAGGUUAUUACUGCUAAAAUAGGCACUUCUAUAGCAUCGAUUGUUUUACGUCGAAUCAGUCGCGAGUUAACCACAAAAACCGAAACGAACCGAACUCAGUGCCCAUACCAAAAUAAUGAAUAAAAUAUAAUAAACUAAAAAACAAAAACAGAGAGGAAAGAAACUAAAAAAUAAAAUAAAAAUAUAUAAAAAUAAAAAAUAAAAAAACAAGGAAAUUCCCUAUUGCACAUUUCACAGAUAUCCUUCCAUAAAGAAGCUUACCUAAAAAAACGAUAGAAAAAAAAUAGAAAGUGAAAUAAACCAAAUAUAGUUAAUAAUUGCGAUGCACACAGAUACCAUACACACACACACACAUACACAAAAAGUACAAAUACAGUAUGCAGAAUCGGAACCACAACAGAAUUAAAAAAUAAAUGAAAAGCUAUACCCCCCCUAUAUCCAAACCUCUAUCACACUCCACUCAUACCUUGCUGUCAGUCAAUUUUGAGAACGACGAACUAAAAGUUUUAUUAGAGAACACAUUCCAAAAAGAAACAAAGUAAAGUCUUAAAAGCAACAACAAAGAGUAAGCAAAAUAAAUAACUAACACAAGUUGUUCAUAAUAUUUAUUAUUUUGUAAUCUAAAUCAUUAAAAUCGAGUAUAAUCAAAUAAAUACGAAUAAAAACAAAGGGUGCUAUAGAAGGUUUAUUUUAAAUAGUUUUUAAAUAGGAACAUAAUUUAAUUUCAAACUCACUCAUCACACACACAAACACACAAAAUACCCACACCAACAAGUAAAUGUAACAAAAAAAAAAAAAAACAGCAAAACAAAACAAAAUUAUUAAGCAACUCUUGGACAUACGAACUUAAAGGACAUACAGCAACCAACGGACAGCGGACAGACGGACACUGAUUUUUAGAAAUCCUGAAAAAUGUACUGAUUAACUUGUCGAAUCGUUCAAUUGGCUCAGCCCACGUUUACUUACCACACACAUAUAUAUGUACACAAAAUAUGAAUAUCAUGAUUAACGUUAACAAUCAACAGAGGCUCUCUUAAGUUAGAUACACGAAUAAACACACGCAUAAACAUUUGCAAUCUGCAACAACACACUCACCCACAAAAGGCAAUGUACUGACCAAACAAUCGAUACGGGAACUGAAUUUUGUUUUGUUUUCGAUGUAAUUUUUGUAGUUUGCAAUUAUUAAACAAACCGAAAAAACAUUUAAAACUAUCUACAACGAAUAACAAUUAUUACCUUUAUGAUUUGCGAUUAAUUUUAGUUCUUACUCGUUAUUAGAUAUUAACCAUUGGCUGUAGAUUUGACAAACCAAAAUUAAAAAUAAAUAUACAUUGUAAAGAACCCCUUUUUUUCAAAUCAAACAAAAACCAACAAUUUCAUUUUGCUCCUUGUUUACUUUUAAUUGGUGAUUGUUUUUUUUUAUGUAUUUUUUCUUUUGACUAAUCUCUUGCGUUUCCGAUUUGGGUAACUCUGUUCACUAUUACUUCCUUAAUUUGUGCUCGUCUCCUUCAAAACAAAAAACAUACAAAAAUUCCAAGCUAGGGAUACAAUUAUUUUCAAACUUUUCUUGCCAAAAAGCUUUCUCUUAAAAAUCCUCUGCAUGGAAUUCUAUUCAUUCGAGAGCGCAAAUGCUUGUAGUUGCCCCCUUUUUGUGGAAAUGGUUUUUAGCCAGCUUUUAGUUAAAAAAAAAAAGUAAAACAAGAAACUGGAAGAUUAAUUUUUAAUUUUAUUUAUAAUUUAAUCUCUUCACAGAUAUUUUGUUGCAAUCUACGGCCAAAUACAUACCUUAAAUAACGACUAUUAAUGCAUAGAAUUUUGUUUUAUUAUUUUUAUGAUUUUAUAAACAAAACGAAAAACAAAAAACCGAUUUCCCUGCACUCCAAAAAAUCAAAAAACAAAAAAAAAACGUCGACAAUUGUAAUUUUUUACGAUAUUAAAAAAUUAGAGAAUUUGUUGCACCAGCAGACCAAAUCCCACCACCGUUCUCCAAAAAUUGCAACUACAAAAUGAACAAAAACAUUUCAAAAUUCGCAGUGUUUCCAAAAAUCCCAGAGUUCAGAGUUCCUUCUUCUCUCCCCCAAGCGAAAAGUUCCAGAUCCAGACUGACUUUAGCAACGUUUGUUUUUGUGCACGGUGACAGAAUAUUUUAAAUGUAAAAACCUAAAACAAAAAAUCUGAAAAAAAUUAAAUUAUAUAUUAAAUAAAGGAUAUAGAAAAAGAGAAUAAACAUUACCGAUUCGACCCUGACACUGACACUGUUGCGCUUUUGUUGUUGUAUCAUAGACAUAUACUUAUAUAAAUGAGAACAAAGGUUGACGUAGCCGAAAACUUUGUAAUAAAUCCUGUAAAUAUCUAUCGAUUUAACUAACUAUAAGUUUUGUGUACAUUUCAAACUAAGUUAAUGCAAGCCCUUCUUUAACCUUAAUUUAUUGUAUUUAAUUACACCUAAAUUAAACGUAACUUUAGCUCUAAGCCCCACGCACAACACACCCACACACACACAACACACACUAUAAAGCUACUUUAUUUCGAAAUACUAUUUUAUUUGUCCUCGUUUAUGAUUUUCGUAAUUUUAGCACUGAAAUAUGUAAAAUGCAAAUUUAGUUAUUUUUUCGCAAUGUGUAUGUUGACAUCAGUUUGUAUGGC